UGUUCUCUGUAGUCACCAUAUGCACUGUCACUUUAAGUUGGCAUUCCCUGUACAACGAUACUAAACACAAAUACCAGGAGACCUUUGGUACCACAGGACUGGCUGCUUCAAAGUUCACAGAGACUCAGUUGUUCCCAAUUCUAGAAACAGGUGUCUGCAGAGAGGCCCGGCACGGAUACAGCAUCUAACAGGUCAAACAAAUAUGUUGCUUUUCUGAGUUGAGCAAUCCUGGGAUCACCCAUCACUUGCAGUCAAAAGUAUAGAGAGGAGAUGAGUCGUUUUACUAGAGAACCAGAACCUCGAGACAGCAGGAUGGGCAGAGAUACAAAGACAGGUUCUCAGGUCUCUGGUACACGUCCACUCAUAAUAUUUGAAGAGGAGGAAGGUGAAGAUGAUAAUAGCAUCAUGGAUGGCUUUGAGAAUCAGCCAAGGGCUAUACCUAUCCGCAGGAACUCCCGCUUCUACAGGUCAAUGAGGGUGCGAAAUAAACAUAGAAGAGACAGACUAAGCAGUCGGGAGGGUAUGGAGAUACAGUCUCAAAAUUCUGGUUUCCAGGGAAAUGGGGACCAUCGCAACGUUUACCAGGGUGUCACCCCCAGUGAAACAGAAGGACGCAGUGAAUUCCCUCCCUCCGAGGUAGCAGGUAGCUCUAAUGAGAACAGGAGGUCCCCAUCUGAGUGUACCAUGUCUAACCCUGAGGCACAGCCAGCUGUUUACCCACUUACAGUUGAUUCCUGGAAAACUUUAAUGGAACAAAUAGGUGAAACGAGGCAGAGAGAAGAUGAAUUUACACAGAUUUACUAUGGUAGUGGCCACAGCAUCAAAAACCUUAGGGGGAAAGUAAUAAAUGAGCUCCUGUACCAGGAGUAUAGGGAUAAGACCACGCAACAUGAGAUUGAAGCUAGAAGGCUACAAGACAACUAUGUGCAGCCCCCCUCAUCUCCACAAGAAUCCCAAACCCCUGAACAAGGAUCCCCCCCUCCAGCUGAACUUCGCAGACCUAACCCUUCUCUCAGUCGGCUUCAGAGCUCCUGUUCUGGGUUUAACUUAUGGCAGGAUCUGCCUGAUAUCAGAAGCAGCGGGGUGCUGAAUCUACUGCAGCCAGAAGAGAUAAAGCUCCAGGAGGCUAUGUUUGAACUGGUGACCUCAGAAGCUUCCUACUACAAGAGCUUACGAUUAUUGGUAUCACACUUCAUGGAGAGUGAGAGCCUAAGAGCAACAAUACACCAGUCAGAAAUGCAUUUCAUCUUCUCUAAUGUACUGGAGGUCUUGGCUACCAGUGAGAGGUUUCUCUUAGAUUUGGAGCAGCGCUUAGAAGAGAACAUUGUGAUCUCAGAUAUCUGUGACAUCGUCCACAAGCAUGCGACCAAUCACUUUGGAGUUUAUGUUACUUACGUCUGCAACCAGACCUAUCAGGAGAGGGCGUACAGGAAGCUGCUUCAGGAGAGGACAGAAUUCCGUGACGUAAUUGCGCAGUUGGAGACACAUCCGAUGUGCCGAGGCCUUCCCUUCUCCUCAUUCCUUAUCCUUCCAUUCCAGAGGAUCACACGGCUUAAACUACUGGUGCAGAAUAUUCUGACAAAGGUGGAGGAAGGAUCAGAGAAAGAGGCUUCAGCCAUGCAGGCACACCGUGAGCUUGAAAAGCUCGUGCACGCCUGUAACGAUGGUGUUAGGAAAAUGAGCCGCACAGAGCAGCUAAUCAGCAUAGAGAAGACACUUGAAUUUAAAAUCAAGUCUGUGCCAAUCAUUUCUCACUCCCGGUGGUUGUUGAAGCAAGGUGAAUUACAGCAGAUGUCUGGUCCACGCACAUCUCGUACACUGCGUACUAAGAAGCUCUUCCGAUCAGUAUAUCUCUUCCUCUUCAAUGACCUUUUGCUGCUGUGCAAACGCCUUACAGGAGAUCGCUACCAGGUGUUUGAUGUAGCAGCACGUGGCCUCUUACGUGUAGAGGAGCUGGAGGACCAAGGCCAGACAUUGGCCAAUGUUUUUAUCCUGAAGCUUCUGGAGAACGCACAUGACAGGGAGUUUACCUACAUGCUGAAAGCCUCAUCACAAAGUGAGAUGAAGAGAUGGAUGACUUCUCUAGUCCCAAACCGAAGAACCAAGUUUGUUUCCAUUACAUCUAGAUAUUUAGACUGCCCUCAGGUGCAAUGUGUCCAUCCGUACAUCUCCCAGGAACCAGACGAGCUGUCUCUAGACCUGGCCGAUAUUCUCAAUGUCCUGGAUAAAACGGAUGAUGGUUGGAUUUUUGGAGAGCGCUUGCACGACCAGGAAAAGGGUUGGUUUCCUAGCACAGUUGUGGAAGAAAUUCUGAAUCCUGAUGUCAGAACACAAAACUUGAAGGAAUGUUUACGGGUUCAUAAAACGGAUGAUGGCAGCCAGAACAAAGACCGCCGAAAAAUGGGGAGCAGGACUCGGUAGUGACCCCUAUGGUUUUUGGGACCAUUGGGUUAGCAUGCACAGGAUUGGGCAUGACACAGGAGCAGUUUGUUGCACACAAUGCAGAUUAUAUAUAUAUAUAUAUAUAUAUAUAUAUAUAUAUAUUAUAGUACAAGGAGACAAUAACAAGCCAACAGAAUGGACUAUUGAUUCAUUGCAACCAUCAUGCCCUCUGCAGAUCCCUGCAGGAACAGGAUUUGUGUGCAUGGGUUAUUCAUUAAAUGUAUGGCUUAUAGUGAAUGAGAAAAUUAUGAAUAUAUAUAUAAAGUAAAAAGAUGUAAUUUAUGAGAGGUAAGCAAAUGUAUAUGCGUCCAAGUAUAUACCUUAAUAUAUGGGAUAUGUAAAUGAUUGAGAAAGUUUACAGUGAUGAUCUGUGAAUAUUCAAGUAAGCAAAUAUUUUGCAGGUGGUCACAUGUUCAUAGAAAACAUAGGGCAGCCUUUGUGGUAGGGUAAUAACGAAGAACACUAUGCAGCCCAUCUCUAAUAUUAUAACUACAGAACAUAUUCCAUUUUAUCUGUAGCAAUUAAAUACUGAGGUACAAAACAAAAAACUUUCAAAAGAAACAAACAAGGUGCCAACUCUUUUCCUUUAUAUCAGUGUUUAGCAUAAUUAGAUAAUAUUUCCAUCAUGUUGUAAUAUAUUAACAAUCAAAGAAUGCACUUUGCAGACAGGAAUAUUGUUUAUAUGUAGCACAAGAACCCCUGGGUUCUGUGGACACGGGACCCUCAAAGCAUGCUAUAAAUAAUAUAAAGCCUUGGCUGCAAAAAUGAUUAGGGCCCAUCUGCAAUGUACUUGCUUGCUUUUCAUCCAAUUUGGUAACGGGCCAACAAAAUUUCAGCUUUAUUUGUUACUUUAUUAAUUUAAGAGGCGUUAAAUUUUCUGAGCGUGAUAACAAUCAGAGCGACGAGCACAGAGGUUCCAAGCAGUGCAGCCAGGACUAUCGCAGCUACAGCUCCUGGACCCAAAGACCCUGUAAGAGGAAAGAGAGAAGAGACAAUAAGAAUUCUCCUUCAUCCCUGUGGAAACAAAGAAAAUGGCUGAUAAGCUCUGUGCUACUCUGUGGUGGUUUACAGGGAAACAAACUAUGCUGGCAGAUUUUAUUGGGGCCAGACUUUUUGCUGUAGGGCACUUUUUCUGAGUUACUGAUUCCUCCCAGCUAAGCAGAAAUAAAGUAAUGAUGAUGACCCAUUUGGGACGAGGAAGUUAAAAGCAUGGAGGACCUAGAGAGGUCUCACAUAUGUCAUUUUACUUUCACAUGUUAAACUUUGGUUAGUAAUGAAUGUGUCAAUUCCAUUUGAUUUGUGGAAUAAACAUUUUAUCCUCUA